AUGGAUGACCUUAACAGGCAGGGGGCGGAGCCUGUGAGAGCCCUGUCAGAAACCACCACCAAUCAACCACCAGAGCCUGCCAAUAUAGAAUGUCAUCUAGAGCCUGUGCCUGGGAUCUCUGGAGAGAUCAGAGCACUUGCUGGAGCUCUUGGAGCCGCUUUGGAAGGCACGGAGUUGUCGAAUGAACAACCCCGUGGGCAAAAUCCUGUAAAUGAAACAUCGAAAGAGGCACCAUGGCAUCACCGUGUGACACCCGCCGAUCUGACCGGAGGCCUCACUUACGAAUGGCUGAAGGAUGUGACCUCGCGCUUGACCACACUUGAAGGUAGUCAAGGUAAGGACGAGGCGAAGGAGGUAGGUGCGAAGGAUGAGAUGGACAUGACCGAGUCUAUGAAAACUGAGCCCAAGGUCCGAGACUGCAAUUGGGAGCAGUUCAAGAACCGCUAUUCCCCGGAAGAAUGCACCUAUGCUAUUGAGGUUCUCCUAACUGGAGAUGACCUUGAUGGCGAAAUGGAAGAGGAGCAGCUGAGACGCCUAACAUUAGAGAAGAGGAGGAAGUUCCUUGAAUCAAACCAGAAGAAGCCAGCCAGAAGGCCUCAAGCCGAUAAGAGGCCCGACAAGAACCGCCUGGAACGAGUUCGGAUCAACUCGCCGGCGAUCUUGUCAUUUAUCAGCGGAGUGACUGGGGAGACGUCCUGGGCUGAAAAGCCUCACACAUUUUUGAGGCCUUUCAAAACCUUGAUUCACUAUCACGAACGACUUGAGGAAGAGUUUGGCAAACUGAAGGCGAGGUUUGAAGACAAUGGGCCCCCAAACCAAGAGCCAUCACUGGAGAGUGUGGAAUUGCCGAAGACGAACGCGGCUGAGGAUCUGACGACAUCGGUCACAGAUGGCUUAGGAGAGGCCAUGAAAGAACAAAAAGAAUCGGGAAAAGAGUCAAACUUUACGGUCAAGUCUCCGAAGCCUACCACAGAGUCGACGAAGGGAGAGCCCCCGAUGAAGGACAACAACACCACCUCGCAGAGGGAACCACGUCACAUUCAGGGGGACAAUGUUACUGAGGCUGGCUACAAGGAGAUCAAGUGCUAUAUGGAGUUUUCUAGGUCCAGAAUUCUCCCGGUCUACCGAAAGUUCGAGGACAAGGAUCAUAGACAACGCGUCAAAGUGCGUUUCGAUGAUCUAUGGUCAUUGUUCCGCACAGGGGAGCUCGUCUUCAAACUCAACGACUCGCAGAACAACUCCCUAACUACUGAAGAUGAGAAAACUCUCACCUCUGCGGGGCGAAAGAGGGGCCAGAAGUUAUGGAGGGUGUACUAUGUUGAGUCGGACAACACACCCUGGACUGUCGAUAACCUCGAGGCCGAAAAGGGGAACUUCCGUCGCAACUCGGUGGACAAGAUUGAAGACUUCGAUCUCAGGAUCUACUACAUUGACUAUGACGGAAUGUCCUAUUCCAGUGUCGGGCGCCAAUGGACACUCCCGCGAUUUGAAGGUGACAUGGACGUCACCAAACUUCAGUUUUAUCCGGUGCGCUUCGAGAAAGACUAUGAAGCAACCAUCUCCAAGCUAGCAGAAUCAGGAUUGAGAUUCCAGAAGCUGUUGCUCUCGGCGGCGCCAGCUGUUCAACAUGAUGGCUGGACGCUUACCCACGACCCAGUUGGUGAUCAAUUGAGCGACCAAGCUACUAAGACGGCUGAAUACAUCGAAAGCGAUGUCAUUAUUGACUUUCACGAAGCGUACCAGACAAAUCCAUCCUGGAAGCCACCUUAUUUGACCUUCGUCAAGUCCAUAUUCGAACCUGAGACGAAAUAUGACGAGUUUGCAAUCAUGCAGUGGUCCGGGCCAGACCGCUCUAGAGCGAUUACCAAGCUCACAGAAGUUGUUGUAUCGUUCGAAGACGUGGGUGCUCUGCGAUACAACAAAUUUAUCAAGGAUGACAGCUUCGCCAUGGACCCGGAUGCCAGGCCUGCCGAGAGUCGUCAAGCCAGGCGUGAGCUGGCUGGCCAAGACCUCUCCCUGUUGACCUCACGGAUGUUUGUGUACUCGCUGAGGAACCGCAAGUUUAUCCAUGCCGACGUUCAAAACUUGAAGCCCAUCGAGGUCAUGUCUGAUCCUUUCAGCGACUUGAAGAUCGAGGAGCCUCACAAGCGACUCAUCAGGUCCGUCGUGCAGGAUCACUUUGACAAGAAGUCGAUCCAACGACAGCUACGAGCCCGAGACAUUGAGCCGCUGGAGCAGGACUUUAUCCGAGGAAAAGGCAAGGGUCUCGUUAUCAUGCUGCAUGGUGCACCUGGAGUAGGCAAGACUGCUACAGCCGAAGCAGUCGCCGCUACGCAUCGGAAGCCCUUGUUCGCAAUCACUUGCGGUGAUCUGGGCAUUGACCCUCGUGAGGUUGAGUCAACCUUGUCUGAGAUAUUCCGACUUGCAAAUCUAUGGGACUGCAUUCUCCUUCUUGACGAAGCCGAGAUAUUCCUAUCCCGUCGGGAAAAGAAGGACGACAACCUUCAAAGAAACGCCCUUGUCUCGAUCUUCCUCAGGACCCUUGAGUACUACCCAGGAAUCCUGUUUCUCACCACCAAUCGAGUUGGGGUUCUGGAUGAAGCCCUGAACUCUCGUGUACACGUGAGCAUCUACUUCCGCCACCUCGACGCUGAGCAGACCAUGGCACUCUUCGACAUGAACCUGAAGCGUUCAGAGAUGAUCGCAGAGCAACGGGCUACAAGUACAAAGGAGGCCCCAUUGCUCAUUAAGGCAGAGGAAAUCAGAGGCUUCGCACUCACUCACUUUGCCAAACAUGCCGGAGGACCAGGCGGGCUGGGUACGUGGUGGAAUGGACGUCAGAUCCGCAAUGCCUUCCAGAUUGCCACGUCACUUGCGUAUGCCGAUGCGAGGGACCAGAAGAAUGAUGAGAACAGAUACCUUGGGCGAAAGCAUUUCGAUCAAGUUCUCCAGGCUAUGGAAGAAUACACCCAGUAUCGUCAAGACUUGUUGCACAAGACAGACGACGACCUGGCCGCUGACCGCGAGGAACGCUACGCACGAGUUGGGGGAGAAAACUCCGGGCGACGGGAGAGUCCCCGUUACGGGCCUGUGUAUUCAGACUACUCGAGGCCUCGGUCGUUCCAGCAUCAGCGCCCGUCCUAUCCGACCUCCCCCUCAAGCGCCAGGCCAUUUGCUGGGCGAGAGGGUGAGUAUGUGAGACAAGAUCCUGAUACUCCAACACCGCAGAGACAAGAGCCCUUCUUAGCCCCUGGAGCUUACCCUGCAGGCCUGGGAGGUGGAGAUCGGCCCAUGUCUCGGGGCGAAUUCCACGAUCAGGGUCGAGAGUAUGGACGUCCAGGCCGACAGAUGUAA